ACCGGGUUUACAAGAGUACUGUUAUUCAACUUUAUUCUCCAAUCCACGCGCGUGUGUGUGCUUCUGCUUUGUAAGAACUAAUAAGAAGGCCAAAGAUGGUGACGACGAGUCUCGGCGGAGCUCCGGUGGUGGUUUCUCGGUUUCGGCGAAUUUCGAAGAGCCCCAGAUGCUUCUCUGCUACCGCAAAUUCUGACCUUCUUCGCUCCCAGCUCGAUCGGCUUCACGAAGAGGCAGAGUCCACUCGUGCCAAAGCAAACAGUAAUAGGUUGAGACUUCUAAGAUUAUCUGAGGCUGCUGAGAAUCUACGGAAACAAGCAGCUGUGAAUGUUCAAACAGGGAAAGAGAAUGAUGCCAGAGAGUUGCUUCUUCAGAAGAAAAAAGUUAUGCAAGCUUUGGACAAGGCUAAAACUCGUAUUGAGUUGCUCGAUACGCUUUCUUCUAAACUUAACGAGGCAAUAUCUGUCAAGGAAACACAGCUGAUAGGAAACAUAUCUUUGGAUCUCAAAGAGGAUGAAGAGAGUACUUCAGGUGGAAUCCACAUUGUAUCGCCAACCCCCAAAUCGACUGAAGACGAGCACAAAAAUGACCAUACUCACUUGGAUUCUGAGGAAAGUCAACUUAAUCAAAGGAAUAUUGAGGAUUACCAAGCACUCCUCGAUACCGAUAAUCAUGCACUAGAAGAUGUUUCAACUGGUAGCACCCUUAGAGAAAUGUCUUCAUAUGAAUCUUUCUUGGACAGUUUAGACAAGAAACUUAGCAGAAUUGAAGAUGAACUGGUCACUGUUGUAAAUGUUGCGUCAUUAGUGCUUAAUCGUGAAGAUAAACCCAAUAAUCUAAAGGUUCAGCAGACUGCAGAAAUUCUUGAUGAGUUUCGUCAUGUGAGGGAAAGAAUAGCAAAUAUCAUUUGCAAAGAGGAAAACCUCAGUUAGUGCUUCCAAGCAUUACUUAGUUCAUAUCAAGAUCUUCACUCCAAUUUCAGUGAAGUGAAACCAGCGGUGUGAGACGAAACCAUUCUUGGUAUGAACAGUUCAUUUAGUAUUUCUUUAACAUUUCUGUUUAGACAGGUAUAUAGUCCUUUUCUUGGUGUGAAUAUUAAUAUCUUCAGAGGUGAUACAUUAAAUUUUGAUGUGAUAUGAAAUUAAUAUGGGCGUUCACGUUGAUGUUGUGUGAUAUGGGAUGAUGAUUAUUUGA